UCCCAUGCGGGGACUAUCAAGAACCAGAGCCCUACUUUUCCCUAAACCUUCCAACUUUUCUUCAUCUACUUCGAUUCCCGCCAUUCCCAUUCUUGAUAAUGCAAACUCAAAUUUCCAUCCAACUGUAAAAUCACUCUCUCAGCUGCUAAUCCAACGCCCACCCAUAUCUCAGCUCAAGCAAAUUCAUGCCCAAAUUCUCACUUUAUCACUCUCUUCACACCCUUCUUUAACCAACUCUCUUAUCCACUGCUAUCACUUCGCCCACGACCUUUCCUCUGCUAAACUUUUGUUCAACAAAUACCCUUUGCCCACACCGCCAAUCUUGAUAUGGAAUCUCAUGAUCCAAGCAUACUCUAAGCUUCAGAAUUCUCCUGAACCCAUCAAUAUUUUUCGCAAAAUGCUAGCUUUAGACCACCCCUUUCGGGUUAUUCCUGAUAAGUACACAUUCACUUUCCUCAUCACAUCAUGUGCCCACCAAAUGUCGUUGGUGCAUGGCGUAAUUGCACAUGGGCUAGUGAUGAAAAUUGGGUAUGCGACGAAUUUGUAUGUGGCCAAUUCGUUGGUUAAUAUGUAUGGCAUUUUCAAGAGAACAGAUGACGCUUGCAUGGUGUUUGAUGAAAUGCCUGAGAGAGAUGUGUUCUCAUGGACUAGUUUAGUAUGUGGGUACGCAAAGAAUGGAGAGAUGUGCCAAGCACUUGAAGCCUUUGGUAAAAUGCCAGUGCGCAAUGAUGUUUCUUGGGCUGUAAUGGUUUCUGGUUUUGUUGGAAGUGGGAGGUACAUGGAAGCUCUAAGAUGUUUUCGUGAAAUGUUGUCUGGCAGUGAGAAUAAGGUAAAGCCUAAUGAGGCUGUUCUUGUUUGUGCUCUCUCUGCUUGUGCUCAUCUAGGAGCCUUGGAACAGGGUAAUUGGAUUCACACUUAUAUUGACAAAAGUGGAAUUCCAUAUACUUCAAAUGUAUUCACUGCUCUUGUUGAUAUGUAUGCAAAAUGUGGGAGAAUAGAUUGUGCAGAAUUAGUAUUUGAUAAAAUAACAAGACCAGAUGUUCACAACUUUACGAGUAUGAUAUCUGGGCUGUCUAUUCAUGGACUUGGUAAAGAUGCCUUCGCUGUGUUUAAUCGGAUGUUAGAUGAAAAAAUCAGUCCAAACGAAGUGACAAUUUUAGGAGUUCUAAAUGGUUGUAGCCAUUCAGGUCUUGUGGAAGAGGGUUCCUCAGUCUUCUAUAAUAUGGAGAGGUCAUGGGGGAUUGAACCCAAGAUUGAGCACUAUGGCUGUUAUGUUGAUUUACUUGGCCGUGCUGGUUACUUGGAGAAGGCAUUUGAAGUAGUCCAAAGCAUGCCACUGGAACCCGAUAUUAUUUUAUGGAGGGCUUUGCUCAGUGCAUGUAGAAUUCAUCGUAAUGCUGAUCUUGGAGAGAGCAUUAUAAACUAUAUUAAGGGCCUUGGAUCUUGUGGAUCUAGUGGAGGUGAGGUACUUCUUUCUAAUUUGUAUGCUUCUCUAGGGAGAUGGGAGAAAGUUAUUGAACUGAGGAAGGCAAUGGGUGAGAGGAAAACUCAACCUGAUAUUGGUUGUAGCUGGAUUGAGGUGAAUGGUGUUGUUCAUGAGUUUCGUGUUGCUGAAAAGUUGCACCCACAGAUUUUACAAAUUCAGGAAAAAUUAAAAGAAGUAUUGAACAAGGCUCGUGAAGCAGGUUAUGUUGCUAAUACCAUGCAUGUGUCAUUUGAUCUUAUUGAAGAGGAGAAGGAGCAUGCCGUGGCAUGGCAUAGUGAGAAGCUAGCUGUUGCUUAUGGACUGCUAAGUACUAUGUCUGGGACUACUAUCCGCAUUGUUAAAAAUUUGAGAACUUGUGAGGAUUGUCAUUCUGCUCUGAAGGCCAUUUCAAAAGUUUAUAAAAGAGAAAUUAUUGUGAGAGAUCGCUCUCGUUUCCACACUUUCAGAGGAGGAAAUUGUUUAUGCAAUGACUAUUGGUAGUUUUUUACUUUGCAGUGUUGAAAGCAUUUGGUACAAAUAAAGAAUGAUCGAGACCAAUGUUAUUAACAGGAUACUAUAGAGUAUUGUAGUUCAAGCUUUGCAUUUUUAGAAUGAACUGUAUACAAUGCAAUCAAGCAAUAUUGAAUAUGGAGUUAAAGCUUUGCACUCAGAUAUAAGCUGUUACGACAAUUUCUGAUUUUCCAAUUUUGGUGGAUGCCAUCUUUUGUAGCACAUUUCACUUUCCACUUCAGCAUUAUCUGAGCUUCUUGCCAGAAUCUGGAGCUGACAAGAAUUCAAGUAGGUUUCAUCCAGAAUACUUCUGAAUGAUUCCCAAAUCUUGGCAAUAAGGCCCAAAAGUCUACCACCUGGUUGAAUUAAACACAUUUACAGCUGAGGCACUGAGACCUUGCCAGAUUUAAUUGGC